UAGCAGUUGAGAGAGAUUAAGAGCAAACUUAACAGAAGUCAAUUAUGAAACUGUUAUACUCGUUCCUAAUCUUGGGCCUAAUACAACUGGUUUUCAUAAAACCUUUAACAGCCUCAACCAAAUCUGAAACAUCUACAUUAAAGCAAAAACUAGUGGAAUUCUAUGACAAUGGCUUAGAAUCUAUAGACAAAGAUUUCUGUGAAAAGGCUAAAGUUUUGAGUGAAAAACUUCUACAAGACAAAGUAGUAAAACAGCCUAAAACACCAAUAAUGAGAAAGUUUAAACAGAAUUUAACCGAUUUCUUACGUGAUUAUAAUUCAUACCAACGUUAUGGUUUAACCCAGCAAUUGGUUUUAAUAUUUAAAGAUAAACUACCAGAUCACAGCCACAAUAAAGACAUUGAAUACAUUUGGAAAUUAUUAGAAAAACAGGGUUACUACGAAAUGGAUAAAAAUUAUGAGAGUAAAUAUAUGAAAUUUGUUAAAAAUAAAAUUCUAACCAAAUUUGAAGAAUUCAAAGAACAACUUAACCAACAAGAAUUAAAGCAGCACAAGGACUUAAUAAAGGGAUACAAUAAAUUAAAAAGAUGCCAAACCUAUAAAUGUCAGUCCAAAUACUUGUAUAAACUUCUAAGGUACUCUACACCAAAAGCGGAACUUUUGAAGUAUAUCAAUGAAAAAGUAGAUAGUAUUUACAUCUUCUAUGGCAACACAGCAGAUAAUAUUUCCAAGGCUGUAUUAAAGCACAAACGAUUGUCACAACUUCCCAACAAUCUAAAGCUUAAUUUAACCAAAAAUAUUAAAGACUUCAAUGAAAAAUACGAAAAGCAUCAACAUAUUGAUGAGUUAUACAAGUUAUUAAACCAAUUCCACGACAAUAUUUUACAGAAAUAUUACUACAACACCACAAUACCAUUAAAGGAGCAAAAAUUAAUCAAGCAAAUCUUUGAUGCAGCAGGUUAUGCUAAAUUUACUGCAGAAUUGUCACGCAAACUGAAUGAUUUUGUACAGCUGGGACUUUUUCAGAAAUUUAAACAAUUUAAAGCUGCUUUAACACGAGAUGAGUUGGCCAAAGAGAAGUUCUUAAUACGGUGGUAUGAUCGUUUGAGAGGUCAUACCACCACACAAGAUAUAGCUAAGAUGUUGAAUGAGUUAUUUAUUUAUAUGAGUUAAUAUAUGGAUAUUAUCCUUAUAGACUGAGUGUUAA